AUGUCAAGCAGAAGGGCAAACAAGACACGAGGUCUACGACAGAAGAAUCCAGAGUCUGUGUUAUUUAUUCCAACAUCCGGUCAUCGGGCAGAACCGGGUAGUGUCGAACGUCUUAAAUAUCUAGAGUCUUUGGUUAACGAGUUCCGCUGUGCAAACUUACCUGAGUAUAAGGAGCAGGUAAGAACAACAUUUCCCUUCAUGAUAUUCAGAUCGUUGCAAAUUUGGCCCUCCAAUUCAACCGAAUUACAAGCGGAUCCGACGCAUUCCUCUCGACUUCUGUCCCUUUCUGUCGCUAGCCUGACAAAUCUCAUUUCGUCUUCUCAAACCAUUCGGAAGGAUCUUUUCACGUCUGGUGCUGUUCCUCUCUUAACAAACUGUCUACAAUCUUCUGAUCCGGAAGUUGUAGUGAACGCACUGACUUCUCUUGUGUACCUGUGCACACCAACCUCUCAAACUCCAGCUCUGGAUUCGGCCGGUGUGAAAACCUUUCAGGCUUCCCUAUCCAGUCUAUUUCCGGGCCUCUGUGAGCGAGUUAGAUCGUUAACUAGGACCUACACCCCACUGCCCGAUCGAAGAAUCCCUAUCCUCGCAGAAAUUUUCCUGACAGACUGCAGUGGUGCCAAUAUCUGA